AGCGUAAUUAUUAUUCAGGAGCAAACCAUCACCAUUGGUAGGUUAUGCAGCACCGACCUAUUUAGUAUUCAUGAGCGAUUCCCUUCGACGUAUAGGACUCCUGAUUUCGAGGCGAGUCACAAAGUUUCGGAGGAAAGCGUUUGCAGAAGAUCCAGACACGAUGAGCGCUGGAUAUGCAACAUAGCGAUAUUUUGCGCUUCUGUAAGCCUACAGUAGAGAAUGGAUAAGCGACCGACCUCACCACAGUCAAACGCUGAAACUCCCGACAGUCCCACAGGGGCUCAUGUUGAAUGGUGCAAACAACUGAUUGCAGCCACAAUGUCAAGUCAGAUCUCUGGACCCAUCAGCUCAGAGAUGAUUUCCAGAGAUUAUAAGGACUGUGAUGUGGAGGUUAAAGGAUUUCUCUUGGACAGUGACCCUCAGCAGACUGCUCCUUCUUCGACACUCAGAGAAGGAAAUAAGCAGGCUCAGAUGGAAGAGGCUCCACGUGUUCCUGGAGAAACCAUUAAAGCUAUUGUCAAAGAUGUGAUGUAUAUUUGUCCGUUCUCUGGGGUCGUGAGGGGGACUCUAACCAUCACUGACUACAAGCUCUUCUUUAAAAGCCUGACACGGGAUCCUCCGUUUGUGCUGGAUGUGAAUCUUGGAGCCAUUAGCAGACUGGAGUCUAUCGCCGUUCAGAGUCACGGAGACAACACUCAAGGACUUGAGAUAGUUUGCAAGGACUUGAGAAACCCCCGGUUUGCGUACAAGAAGGAAGGUCAGAGCAAUUCGGAGGUGUUUGAAACACUUUCAAAGUACGCAUUCCCGCUCUCCCACAACCUGCCUCUCUUUGCCUUUAAGUACCGGGAGAUGUUUCCAGAAGAUGGCUGGAAGAUCUACGACCCAGUCGUUGAGUAUAAGAGGCAGGGUCUUCCGAACGAGAGCUGGAUCAUCAGUAAAGUCAACAGCAGUUAUGAGCUGUGCGAGACAUAUCCCGCUCUGCUGGUCCUUCCCUCAAACGUCACAGAGGACGAACUGAAGAGAGUGGCGGCCUUUAGGGCCAAACGCCGUUUGCCAGUGCUGUCCUGGAUUCACCCUGAGAGUCAGGCCGCUAUCGUGCGCUGCGGUCAGCCGCAGGUGGGUCCAUCAGACCGCCGCUGCAGGGACGACGAGCGCUACCUGCAGACCAUUCUCGACGCCAACGCUCAGUCUCACAAACUCUGCAUCUUUGAUGCUCGCCAAAGCACUGUGGCUGACACUAACAAGGCCAAAGAUGGAGGAUAUGAGAAUGAGAGUCUCUAUAUCAAUGUGGAGCUGAACUUUCUGGAGAUCCCCAACAUGCACGUGAUGAGAGAAUCCCUGAGGAAGCUGAAGGAGGUGGUGUAUCCUGCCAUCGACCAGCAGCGCUGGUUCUCAUCUGUGGACUCUACGCACUGGCUGGAGUACAUCAGGCUCUUGCUAGCAGGUGCGGUGCGCAUCGCAGACCGUCUGGAGUCGGGGAAGACGUCAGUGGUGGUGCACUGCAGCGACGGCUGGGACCGCACGGCUCAGCUCACCUCUCUGGCCAUGCUCAUGCUGGACGCACACUACCGCUCGCUCAGGGGCUUCCAGGUGCUUCUGGAGAAGGAGUGGCUGAGUUUCGGACACCGCUUUGCCUCGCGAGUGGGACACGGAGAUGGGAACCAUGCAAACUCGGAGCGCUCCCCUCUCUUUGUGCAGUUCAUCGACUGUGUCUGGCAAAUGACCCGGCAGUUUCCCUCUGCAUUUGAAUUCAAUGAGCUGUUUCUCAUCACGGUGCUUGAUCACCUGUACAGCUGCCUGUUUGGGACGUUUCUUUACAACAGUGAGCAAGAACGGGUCGCAAAGGAGAUGUACAGCAAGACCGUGUCUCUGUGGUCAUAUGUGAACAGCCAGCUUGAGGAGUUUACUAACCCGCUGUAUGUGAACUACGAGCACCAUGUUUUAUAUCCAGUAGCCAGUCUGAGGCAUCUAGAGCUUUGGGUCAGUUAUUAUGUGCGCUGGAACCCUCGCAUGAGGCCACAGGUUCCUGUUCAUCAGAGUCUGAAGGAGUUGUUGGUCCUGAAGUCAGAGUUGCAGAAGAAAGUGGAUGAGUUAAAACGUGAUGCAGCUUCAUCACAUUCUCUCUCCUCUUCCUCAGAGCAUGAAGGCAUGCCCAUGCAGACUACUGUCUGAGCUUAUCUUAUUAACUUGGUAAAUACUGACAUUAAAAUCAAUGAUAUUUGUUCUGAUCUCUGUCGUCACAGUUAGGUUAACAAUAAUGUUUACAUAUGUUUGAUAAUAUCCUAGUGUAAUCCUUGGGAUAAUAACCACUAUGUGGUCACUGGUGCCCCCUAAAUGCCAUAAAACCUCUGGCCACAUCACAUAGCACUACAGUUCAACAGUCAUUGUCUAUAGAGUUUUCUGUGCAUUGCUUUGUGAAAGCUGUUUAGAUUUAUAUAACAUAUUUUUGGGUGAUUUUAACAUCUGUGUUUUAUCGAGAGCUGCGUAUAUUGAAAAGCCUAUUUCAAGAAAUCGUGGUCAAAUUGUGUCAUCAACAAUAAUAAGUAUUCAGAACUAAACAUCACUCUACAGAAAAUGCCUGAAUAUUCUAGUGACUUUGGCAAAAAAAAUAUUGCUCUUAUAUUGCAUACAAUAAUAACUCCACAACACUAAUUGAAAUGUAACAUAAUUUAAAAUCAUGCGUAAUAUAAAAUGUAUGCAUAACUUUGCUCUCUGGAAGUAAAUGACAUAUUUGUGUACAUAAA